AUGGAUGCAUCUCAUCAAGCAGCCACGUCAAUUAUGGACACACCGCCCUCACUUGAGGUAGUGGUCUACAAGGGGCCAAUGCCAAGCUCCGAUGCCAAUUCGCCAGUUUCAAGCCAGCACGGCCAACGGGGUCAACACGGUCAAGAGGGCCACCAGCGCCAACAGCAACUUGGGGCUUUCCCCCGACCGCAGGUGACUAAUGAGGCCAAUGCAACUCCAGGAGGAAGGUUCAUUCCGAAUGUGAGCCCUGCUCCAGUCAACGUCUCAAUUUGGCACCCGCCACCUCCUCUGAACCACACCUUUCUUUCCCCUUUGCGGUUAAGCCUCGACCUCGACCAGCUCGGAUCGUUGACUGAGCCAUCUAUUUUUUUUCCCGCUCAAUUGCAGCCCAACACCAACCCGCUGCUUUUCCAAACCGCUCCUCCGGCGGCAACGCUUCCUCAUCCUCUUUUCUAUUCCUCCCUUCCUCCCAUCGAGUCCAUCCCGACCUGGCCUUUGAGAACCCCAUUCAGACAAUCAAUCUCAAGCCCUUGGGCUAACUCGGCCAUGGUGUCGCCAUUCCUUCCUCCGGCUCCGACGCCGCCUGUCAACAAUAGUAAUAGCCAGGGCAUGGCUUCGAACCGUGAUCGAAACGCCGGCUUACUCAAUCUCCUCAAGUUCAGCGGACAGGGCCCCCAGCCCAUCCAUACUGAGGACGAACAUCAUCACGAAAGUCAUGGCCCUUCUGGCCAUCAACUUCCAAUCGGCGGUCCGUCGUCCUACAACGUUCCCCACCACGUUGGGCCCCAGAGCCAUCAUAGCCACCAAAGUCAUCAGAGUCAUCCUUCGCAGCAGUCGCCGCACAACGACGUUGUGAAUCUGUCCUCUUCUCGGCAGCCACCUAUCUUGGCUCCUGCUCCUUCCAAUGCGGACCCUUCCGGACUUCUGGCUGCCCUUAUGAGAGGCAUGCGUGGAGUCGACGAGCAUGAUGAGGAUCAUCCUCAGGACCACCAGUCCCCCGUCGCUCCGCCUUCACAUGCCGCGGCCACGCAGCCUGGCUUUGGCCAUGCUUCGCCACCCGCCAACACUCGUGCUUAUCUGCUCGACCUUCUUAGCCAGCCUAAGCCGAUCCAGAACGACCAACAGUACUUGCCCGAGUCGCACUCUGCGAACUUGACACCCCAGUCCAGUGAUCUCGCGAGUUUGCCCGCUACCAUGCAAGCCGCUCCGGGUAGCGGACCGAGGAACUAUGGCCCCAUGCCAAACAUUCCUCAGGGCACUCUCGAAUACGAGCAUCGUCCCCAGGACCAACGCGGCGCUCCUGGCUACAACCCGUUCCCGAUGGCAAGCAAUGGCCACGAGCCCCGGGGACCUAUCCCCGUGCAGUUCCCACACAACAAUGUUGAUUCGGGAAUGACUUCUUGGUCGUACCAUAGCCAGCCGUCUGAUCAUGGUUCGCGUGGCUCCUUUAGCCAGUCUCAGGGCGACUCCUUCGCCAACUCGGCGCCCUUCCAAAUUUUGAAGAAGCCUAAGCCCUCCGACUCGCCCAAGAGCUUCCAGGAGCCCAUCGAUAGUCACCGUCAGAGUCUUGGCCAUAGCCCAAGCCUCAGCCCAGGCGAUACACGUCGAAAGACUGAUCUCACCCAGGCUGCUGUUGAUGAUGAGAAAGACUUCCUUGAGCGAAGCCUAGGUCUCUCGGAUAGACUUGGUGCUUCUUCUCCCGAUAAGAGCCCUGUAGAUGACGCCGCCACCAAUGCCGCUCCCGAGCCUACGCCGGCCAACUUUGAGAGUUCCGAAGUGUUGGGACAGUCGGACGCAAACGCCACGGCUGAAACUGCCGAAGGUGAUCUUCCCGACUUGGAUGUCGAUGAUGACAAGUCCCCCGAAGGAAAUUUCCAUGAUCCGAAGGAUUCGGCCGCUUCUUCUCCCAAGGAAGAAGCCCUACCUGAUGAGAGCAGCGAUGCACAGGAGCAGGACACCGCCCAGGCUCAUCCGGAUUCCCAGGCUGUCGCUGACAGCUGGGACAGCGCAGACGCCGAAGAUGCCGGCCUCGUUGAGGAUGACUCGUACACUCCAGUCAAGGUCUUCGACUUCCCCAUGCAGCCUUGGAUCUCUAUCACCAUGACUGAUGGCGGUAUCGAAGCUCGUCCGGAGUUCCGUGAUGGUACGAUUAUGGACAUUGCUCGGUUGAAGAAGGAAUUCGACCAGAUUGACCGUAAUCUCUACACGGCUUCUCAACACUGCAUGGCCUACGGAAUGUCUAAGGCCGGGGGUAUGCACGUCAUUAGACAAGAUGAUGGUAAGGAUGUCAAGGUCUUCUCCAACACUAAGGAUCGCAUCUUCAACAUAUCCAUGUCGGUCACUCCUAGCGACCACACCGGUAUUCACCGAGAAGCCAUAAUGGGCACCGGAGUUAGCGGUACCGUCUACUGGGUUCAGAUCCUCGAGGGCGAUAAGGACCAUAUCGAGGAUGCUCAUCCUGAGCAAUAUGGAUUCGCCCUCCCACCCCUAAGCUCUCAGGAAGGCGACACUUCUGGAGGUGUACUGAAGACUCGUGCCAGAGUCUCUUCGUGCCAUCCCGAGUUCUUUGCCGUUGGCCGAGGAAAGUCAAUCACCAUCGUCUGGCCCUAUUUCGUCAUGCAAAACAACCUUUUCAGGCCCGGCCACGACCGGGUUGUCGAUGCCGAAAAGCUUGCCAAGCAGUGCUCGCUGAAGAUCAACACUGGCAAAGCUGGAAAGGACUUCACAUUCAGCCAAGAUGAUUCCGUCAUUGUUUCCCUCGAUAAAUCCGGCCGCGUCAAGUUCUGGGAUGUUCGCGAGCUUACCGCUGCUAAGGAGGAUGGCGACCCGAACCGACCGCUUCCCGCCCAUAACUCGCUUGAAAUCAAGGAGCCUUUGAUGACUCUUGCCAGCACGCCGGAAGGCGAAAAGGCGUGGCCGACCUCGGUGCUUCUGCUUGAUAAGAUCAAGCCGUACCAGAAGAGGUGCGCCCUCCGAUACAUGAUUGUUGGCAUGAAGCAGAAUCACACCUUGCAGCUGUGGGAUUUGGCUCUUGGCAAGCCGGUCCAGGAGUUCAACCUUCCCCAUAGCAAGGAGUCGGAUGCUGUGUGCAGCGUCACGUACAACCCCGCGACUGGAAUGAUUGUUAUUGGCCAUCCUACUCGAAAUUCGAUCUACCUGGCUCACUUGUCUGCUCCUAAGUACACGUUCAAGAACAUCUCCCAGGCAGAUUACAUUACGCGACUCGGCACGAAAGAUCCCACCAUCCCCACCCCGGAGUCGACUGCUGUUAUCAGCGGAGUUCGCGAGUAUUCGUUCGCUAACAGGGGCGUUCUACGGAGUCUCGAUAUGCUCUCGACUCCCGCCAUGGCUCAGGACGGCGACGAGCCGACCCUCUUUGAGCUUUAUGCCAUGCAUUCUCGCGGCGUUGCCUGCGUCCUAGUCCGCCAGCGUGAGCUAGGCUGGUCCAAGGACAACAAGGUAAUCGAUGGCGUAGAAGCUUUGAAAGCUGGCGUUGUUACUGUCUCGCCCCUCAAGGCCUUGGCUCCUCAGCCUCCCGAAGAGCCCGCGCAAAGCAAGCAGCAAGGUCGAGCUAACAGGGAAGCUUCUCAACAUGCGUCGAACCAGGACGAAUCGGUACGAAAAUUACCUGAUUCCGCCAGUCCCGUCAAGAUUCAGACUAGGAAGGAUGCCGAAAACGCAGCCAAUGCUGCUUCCCCGGCGGUAACCCUCGACAAGGUUGAGAAGAGAGGUGGCCGCAAGAAGAAGAAUGCUGCCGCUCAAGCUGCUACCGAUUCUCCCGCCAACGGAGCGGGCGCCUCGCCCGCGGUCAAGGGUAACGCGGUCUCUGCUAAGGGCAGCGACUCGUCCCGAGGCUCCGCAGCGUCGCAGAAGGCCGUCGGACCGUCUGUCUCUCAGGAAGCCAUCGAUGCUACGGUCAAGAACAUGGAGACCCGCCUCAACGCGUCCAUCUCAAAUGUCGUCGACACCGCAAUUCGUGGUCUCAACAAUUCCAUCCUCGCCCGAGAAGCCGAUUUUGAUUCUCGUCAACUCAAGCUCCUCGACUUCUCGGGUUCCGUUAUUCCUUCCAUCGCCGAUGCCACAAGCAAGGCAGCCGCGGAGCAAGUGAGCAUCAAGGCGAUGCACACCAUUCAGAAGGAGCUUGGCAAGGCCUUGCCCGCCCUUGGUGAGAAGAUUGUGAUGAAUGAAUCUCUCGUGGAUGCACUUUCUGAGAAGAUUAGUGCCCGGGUCUCCAGCAAGGUUGAGAACGAGGUUAUGCGCGGCCUCUCUAACAGCCUAAUGCCCGCGAUCAAUAACCUCACUAUUCAAACCACCCACCGUGUGGCGGCUGAGAUCCAGCAGCAGUACCAGGAGGAAAUUGAUCGCCUGGACUCCCAACGCCGUGCCGACGCCAACAAGGUCGACCAGCUUUUGUCGCUAGUUACCCGGCUUACCGAUACGGUGUCGACAAUGGCCGCCGCCCAGUCCCAGUUCCAGGGAGAAUUUCUAAAGUUCCAGCAGCAGGCCAUCGCUGAUCGGGAGCAACAUGCCCGUGCCGGACCCGGUCCGGUUGUUGGUCGCCUGUCUGCUGCUGAGUCCCCUGGCUACAACGCUCCCCACCACGGCCCCCCUGCUCCUCCCCAUCAACAGCAGCACCAGGUGGCUCAUCACCAGCACCAGCACCAGCACCAUCAGCAGCGCCAGGGAUCACAUCAACUCUCUCAAGGUUCCCGCGAAGGCUCCUCGGACCAGACUGGUCGUCCCCCGUCGAACCUCGAAAUUGAACUCGGCCACCAUAUCUCCAGCAUCGCGCAAUCCGUCUCGGAGGGCCGCUUGGAGGAGGCCAUCAUCCGAUGGCUUCAGAGCGGCCACGAAGAUGAGAUUUUUACCCGAUACUGGUCCAAGAUGAGCCCCGUCCAUCUCCGUGACCUUCCGCCCCUGGUUCAGCUGUCUGUUGCGACGACCGUCUCUCAACAUCUCGAUACUGCCUUGGCUCGACAGAAGGCGGCUUGGCUGGAAAUGUCGAUUCUCUGCCUCAUGAACAAUGUACCUAGCUUUGACCAGCAAGUUCGGGAGGUUACCCCCAACAUCAUGAAGCUCGUCAUCAGUCGUUCAGAGAAUUUGAUCAUUCGCAUCGGUAACAAGGAUCGCCAUGACCCUAUUCUCCAGAACCUGGUACAGCUUGUUAACACGGCCAAGCGCAUCCUGGAGGCCACUACUGGUGGUCAUCCCCAGUAUUAA